AUGCCUUCCCCCAAGCAAAGAAAGGUCGCCAUUGUCGGCAGCCGCUCCGUCGGCAAGUCGUCUCUGGCGGUGCGGUUCGUGGACGGUCACUUCGUCGACAGCUACUACCCCACGAUCGAGAACACGUUUAGCAAGAUGAUCAAGUACAAGGGCCAGGACUUUUCUACCGAGAUUGUCGACACGGCAGGCCAAGACGAGUACAGCAUCUUGAACUCGAAGCAUUUUAUUGGAAUCCACGGGUACAUGCUCGUCUACUCGGUAUCAUCGCUGCCCUCGUUCGAAAUGGUGCAGGUCAUUCGGGAAAAGAUUCUAAACCACCUGGGCACCGAGUCGGUCCCCAUCGUCAUCGUGGGCAACAAGAGCGAUCUGCGACCCGAGCAACGGCAAGUCACCCCCGAGGACGGGCAGAAGCUCGCCGAGAAGAUCCAGUGCGGCUGGACCGAGGCGAGCGCGCGGUACAACGAGAACGUGGGCAAGGCCUUUGAGCUCUUGAUAGCGCAGAUCGAGAAGUCGCAGAACCCCGGCGAAGCGCCUGCGAAGAGCAAUUGCGUCCUGAUGUGA